AGGCGCCUCACUCUCUCCCGCAGGAUGAAGGAGCUGUGGGUGCAGGUGGGGCUGCUGAGCGUGCCCCUCCUCGCCGUCUACCUGCACAUCCCACCCCCCAAGCUCUCCCCUGCUCUCCUCUCCUGGAGAUCCUCCGGAGGCUACUUCACCUACAAGGACCAGAACAUCUUCUACAGAGAUUCAACCGGCGCUGUUGGCAGCUCCGACGUCGUCGUCCUCCUACACGGCUUCCCAACCUCCAGCUACGACUGGUGCAAGAUCUGGGAAGGGCUGACCCAGCGGUUUCACCGGGUGGUUGCUCUGGAUUUUGUAGGAUUCGGUUUCAGUGACAAGCCUAGGCCCCACCACUACUCCAUCUUCGAGCAAGCCAGCAUUGUUGAGGGGCUGGUGCGUCACCUCGGCCUCCACCACCAGAGGAUUAAUCUCCUGUCCCACGAUUACGGGGAUACAGUCGCACAGGAGCUGCUGCACAGGUAUGAGCACAAUAAAACUGGAAGCAUCUUGAUCAACAGCCUGUGUUUAUCCAACGGAGGGAUUUUCCCCGAAACGCACUACCCCCGGUUCAUCCAGAAGAUCCUCAAGGAUGGGGGUUUGCUGUCCCCCGUCAUCACGCGGCUGAUGAACUUCUUUUUCUUCUCCAGAGGGCUUGGGGCUGUCUUUGGGCCCUACACGCAGCCUUCACAGGCAGAGUACUGGGACAUGUGGACGGUGGUGAGGACCAACGAUGGCAAUCUCGUUGUUGACAGUAUUUUGCAGUACAUAAACCAGAGAAAGAAGCACAGAGACCGCUGGGUUGGGGCUUUGAUGUCCACCUCUGUCCCAUUGCAUCUGAUCUACGGGCCCCUGGACCCUGUGAAUCCGCACCCAGAGUUUCUUCAGCUUUACAGGAAGGUGCUUCCCACGUCCACGGUGUCUGUGCUGGACGACCACAUUAGCCACUAUCCGCAGCUGGAGGAUCCAACAGGCUUCCUGAAUGCGUAUCUGAACUUCAUCAACUCCUUCUGAGCUGCUGCAGCUUGGUUCUUGCUCUCUGUUGACAAGUCAGGCUUUGGGGGCAGGAAGAAACCUUCAUUUUAUCUCCAGAUUCAACACUCUGCACUAACACCCUAAUCUCUGGCUGCCAAACUGCUGCAUUUUUGCAGUUAAAUCCUUUGAGAACCAUAAAACAGCCUGCAUGGAGGCACGGACAAAACUGUUGGCCUAAACAGCGUUACAGGAUGCUGACAGCUCUUCCAGCCCUGUGCUCUUGCUUCUCGAGCAGCCUGUCUCUGUGUUUAAAGCCAGGAGGGCUCAAGGGAAAACAAGAGCACCUGAGGGGAGGCACAGCACAUGUAUCAGCCCCAGAAUUCUUUCUUGCCUUCAUGGCCAGGCUACACUGUGCACCACAGGUAAAACAGGACCACUAGCAGCCACGGGUUGAUGCACAUACUCCCAAGAUGGAUACUGAUCUGGUUUUUGAGUUGCUGUGCAGGCAGUUGAAAUGAUAUCCCUCAGCUUGGCAGGACUGAAGAAUUUAAAACUGAGUUUGCCUACACUACAUACAGCAGGAGAGCUGGAUCUGUAAUCCCUCAAAAUACAGGCAAUGAUGCUCUGCACACCUAAAGGGUCAUUUAAGCAGUCAUCAUGUCUUCAGUAAUCUCUUUUUAAUGGCCAGUUACCCAAAGGCAAGCUCUAAACCUCAAGUUUUUACCACUUCCUGUGUUUCUCUAUUUUUCAGCAAGCAGAGCUGCUCACCAACAGUCCCAGGGGUGUAAUUACCUCAGGAGCUUGGCUGUAGCAAGUUCUACCAGGGCAGGCUGGUCCCUGUUUCACUAGAGCAAGCUGAAUAUGUAACAAUGGCACUAGCAAAAGCCAAGCUGUUCUUCUAAGCAAUAGCUACUCCAGACACAGGGAUCUGGGAUGGGUGUGUAAAUUAUUAUGAAAAUAGUAUUCCCGCCUUCCUUCCUCACCCUGACUUGAUAUUUAAGAAACACCCAGUUCAUCAGAGCAGAGAGAUGCAGAACUUCCCUCACAAGAAGUCACCGCAAGGUCCCUCCUUCCCCUUCUCUUCCCAACUUUUGAUACAGGGUGUUUCACAUCGUUGAGCCCAGGAGGAGGCUGCCCUGUUGUUUGGGAUUAUCUGACAUAAGGCUCAGAGAAUUGAAAGUGACUUGAUAGGGGAAAUUUAAUCUCUCUGUACACUGAUUUUUCUGUGCAGAAGAGAGGAGACAAUCAUGAAGCUAUUGUAAAUUUGCAGGUUGGCAGACUCUGCAGGUUUUGUGUGUUUUUUAACUGCUUAUAUUUGAAAUUUUAUAGCAUCCCUUUAGGAAUAAGGGGCUUCUGCGAGUAAACAGCCAUUAUGGGCUAUUUUUUCCGUACUGAAGCAGACAGAAUUAGAACAAAAAAAUUUCUAUUUUAUUAACAGUAAUUCAUAUGAAUUCCACCACUUGGACCAGUGUUUAUUUUCUGUUAAUAAAAAUCAGUUUUGACAAAA